CUUCUAUAUAUACGUCCUGCACAGUAGCACAUCGCCUACGCAUUGCAGUCGCGCACAUUACAGCGGAAAGCAGAUACAAGCACAGUGUGACGCUAAAUCAAGUACACCAUCCACACGAAUUGUAGGCACCUGGUGUUUCGCUCGCCUCGGGGUCGUGAAGUUUUUCGUCGACACUGCGAGGGGACAGAGACGCUCUUCUGUAGGGAGGGUGAGAAGAAAAGGGGGGUCUACAGUGUGUGGGGUACUGUGGUGGUGUGCCUCUCUCUACGCAGUGAAGGAUUAACGUGCGCGCGGCGACGACAAAGAAACUGCUGCUCGGAAACUCAAGGUUGCAACCCAAGUAUUCUUACCGCCGUCAAGGAAAAAAAACAAGUUGAUAAAGUAUUCGGCAGAGCCGAGGACAACUGACAUCGUGCAAGUUAGCCGAUAAACCCAAGAUACUCGGUGUGUUUUUGUAGCCGCAACGAGCGAGGACAUAUUUUGUCCUCUAGCCAAAAGGACAGCUUUUAAAAAACCAUCGGCAAAUCAUGCAUUAGCUUAAUGAAAUAAAGCUAAAAAAUAAAAGUAAAAAUGCAAAACUGGAACCAAUGGCAAGUACCCUCUGGUACUGCACCAAUGCCCCCACCACCAACGGGGUAUUCAGCACCACCACCUGGUACUGAUCCCAUGGCAGCAAUGCAAGCUUACUUGCAAUACUAUAACCAACCGGCACCAAAUGGUUACACACCUGAGCAAUGGGCUGCUGCUCAGCAACAAAAUUGGGCUCAGUGGCAACAGUGGCAACAACAGUAUCAGCAAUGGCAAGCUCAGUAUGGAGAAAAGUACCAGCAACAAUACGGUCAAGCUCCACCGUUGCCCAUGUCAACGCAACCGCCUCCUCCACCACCAAAAGAUGACAAACCUCCAUUACCACCUACCAACACGGUUAAUACAUACGGAUAUACCACAGCAGCGCCACCUCCUCCACCAACUACCGUCACUCCUGCUCCUGCUCCUGCUGCUACUACAGCUGGUACAAAACGACCAUCCACUUCAGAUCCUGAGUCGGAGAGCGCAAAAAAAGCUAAAGAUGAAAGUGAAUUGAAACUUCUUAAAUCUGAAAAACAAUUUGACGAACAAUUUAGAACCUGGGAAGAGCAGUUUAAUAAAUGGAAACAGCAAAAUGCCAAUCACCCUGACAAGGCUCAGUACAAGCAGUAUGAAGCUAAAUGGACAUCUAUUCGAGAGAAAUUAAUAGAACGUCGUGAAAAGAUGCGACGUCAGCGUGAACAACUAAUGGCAGCUAAAGAAGCUGAGAAUAAAAAGAGUGUUCCGGGUGGAGAUAAGAUUAUGAACAUUCUUUCUAGUACUGAAAAUCAGGGAUUGAUAAAUAAUCUGCUAGGCAUAGGUAAAACCUUAGGUCUUACGACUAGCAAAUCUGAUCAACCGACGAUGGCUGCUACGCCGACCACAAUGGUUAACCCCCAUCCCACUCCAGCUGUUGUCUCAGCUGGUCCAACAAUGGCUAUGCACCAACCAGGACCAACACAUCAAAUGAUGACACCGCAAAUGGCAGCAAUGCCACCAGUGAUGCAGCCUGAUAUGAGCCAAGCAUGGAACCAGUGGAACCAGUACAACCCAGCAAUGAGCACAGGUAUGACCGCACCCAUGGCUCAGCCAAUGGUUUCGGCUAUGCCACCACAUUACAAUACGAUGCAACCAUCAAUGGCGAUGGGACCACCUCAAAUGCAACAGCAUCCAUCAAUGCAGACUCAACCACUUCCAGUGCAAACUCAGCAGACGACUAUAGUCCCGAAUUUGUCCCAGCCGCCUCCCGGUUUCCCACCACAAAACUUUUCGCAGCCACCGCCUGGUUUCUCUCAGCCACCGAUGGCUGUCAGUAACAAUAAUGCUCCACCUCCUCAGCAAAUGAGUUCUGUAAACAUGCAACGCCAAAAUAUGGGCCCUAAUUUAAAUCAAAAUAUCAAUCAAAACAUACCACCUAAUCAGCAGAUGCCGUUAGGCAAUGAUAACAGAAACAAGAAUCAAUUCAUUAAACCACCACCAAUGGCGGGUGGCCAUUACAAUCAACCACCACCAAACUUUAACAAAGGAAAUGACUCUGGAAAUAACAAACAAAAUAACCAAGGAAAUAACUACAAUGAAAAUGACAACAAUUUUAAUGAAAGAAAUGAAAAUAACUUUAGCAGACCGAACAAAGGAGGGAACUUCAAAAAUAAUGACAGAGAUAAUUUUAACGAUAAUAGUAACGAGAUUUACAGUGAAAAUAAUGUCAACUACAGUGAUAAUCAUGGAGAUAGAAAUGAAAAGCAGUUUGAAAAUAAAAAUAAGGAAGAUGUACCUCCUGAAUUGCUUAAAGUUUUUGAAAAACGUAAGGCUGCAAUGGAUGUUUUUAAACCAAGCACCUCAUUUUCUUCAAGUGUUGGUUCACUUAGUGAGAGUUUUAAAAAAGCAAUGACUGACAAAGAUACAAAAACUCAAUUUAGCUCUAAUAAUCAAGGACCCGGUGGAUUUAACUCUUCAGAUAAUGUAAGUGCUAACUUCGAUCAAUCAAGUCAAGAUCCAAAAGAAGGCCCAAGCUUUGAAACCAAAGGUUCAAAUACGUUCCAAAAUAAAAGUCAAGGUGAUAUUGGUAAUAAUUCGUCAAGCUUUGGAAAUCGUGUUCCAAACAAAGGUUCCAACUUUGGGAACCAUGGGUCUAAUGAAUUUGACAACAAUGUUAAAAAUAUCAAUAAUGAUACUACAGAACAAAACUUUGGGAACAGAGGACCAAACAAGUUUAUUGGUAACAAUAACAAAACUGGUCCUAACAACUUUGAAAAUGCUGGUCCAAGCAAUUUCAGAAAUAUUGGUCCAAAUAACAGUAACAAUAAAGGUGCAAAUAACUUUUAUAAUAGCAACCCAGAUGGUCCCAAUACGUUUGGAAAUUCCCAUCCCAAUAGCUUUGAUGAAAGAGCUCCAAAUGAUAACAGUAAUAAUAAAUGUGGACCGAAUAAUUUUGGCAAUAAAGAUGAUAGCAACAACGUGAUCAAUGACGGUCCAACCAACUUUGGAAAUGUCGGCCCAAACAAAUUUGGUCCCAACAGUUUUGGCAAUGAUGGACCAAAUAACUUUGGUAAUAAUAAUAAAGGUGGUCCUAAUAACUUUGGCAAUAAUGGCCCCAACAAUUUUGGAAAUAAUGGCCCAAAUAACUUUGGAAAUAGUGGCCCAAACAACUUCGGAAAUAGUGGCCCCAACAAUUUUGGAAAUAAUGGCCCCAAUAAUUUUGGAAACAAUGCCCCCAACAACUUUGGAAAUAGUGGCCCUAAUAGCUUUGGAAAUAAUGGACCCAACAAUUUCAGAAAUAACAACUGUCCAAAUACCAACCGUAAUAACAAUAAAGGAGGUCCAAAUAACUUUGGAAAUAAUGGUCCGAAUAAUUUUGGAAAUAAUGGUCCUAACAACUUUGGAAAUAAUGGUCCUAACAACUUUGGAAAUAUGGGACCCAACAACUUUGGAAAUAAUGGUCCAAAUAACUUUGGAAAUAACUGUCCGAAUAACAACCGUAACAACAAUAAAGGUGGCCCAAACAACUUUGGAAAUAACGGUCCCAAUAACUUUGGAAAUAACGGUCCCAAUAACUUUGGAAAUAAUGCCCCGAACAACUUUGGAAAUAUGGGACCCAACAACUUUGGAAAUAACGGUCCCAAUAAUUUUGGAAAUAAUGGUCCAAACAAAUUUGGAAAUAAUGGUCCAAACAACUGUGGAAAUAACGGUCCAAACAACUUCGGAAAUAAUGGCUCAAAUAACUUUGGAAAUAAUGGACCAAACAACUUUGGUAACAAUGGUCCAAACAACUUCGGUAACAAUGGUCCAAACAACAAUAAUAGGGGGCCGAAUAACUUUGGUAACAACAAAGGUGGUCCUAAUAACUUUGGAAAUAAUGGUCCAAACAACUUCGGGAAUAUGGGACCCAACAACUUUGGAAACAACGGUCCAAAUAACCUUGGAAAUAACGGUCCAAACAACUGUAACAAUAGAGGGCCAAACAACUUCGGUAACAAUAAAGGUGGCCCCAAUAACUUUGGAAAUAAUGCCCCGAACAACUUUGGAAAUAUGGGACCCAACAACUUCGGAAAUAACGGGCCCAAUAACUUUGGUAAUAAUGGUCCUAAUAACUUUGGAAAUAAUGGUCCAAAUAACUUUAAUAAUAGAGGCCCAAACAACUUCGGUAAUAACAAAGGCGGCCCUAAUAGCUUUGGAAAUGAGGGCCCUAACAAUUUUGGGAAUAUGGGACCUAAUAACUUUGGAAACAACGGUCCAAAUAACUUUGGCAAUAACCCUCCCAAUAACUUUGGAAACAACGGACCCAACAACUUUGGAAAUAACGUUCCGAAUAACAAUAAUAACAGAGGCCCGAAUAACUUCGGUAACAAUAAAGGUGGUCCCAACAAUUUCGGAAACAACGGCCCUAACAACUUUGGAAACGUUGGUCCCAAAAAUUUUGGAAAUGUUGGUCCUAACAACUUCAGAAAUAAUGGUCCAAAUAAUCAGAAUAGAGGUCCGAACACCUUUGGAAAUAACGGUCCAAACAACUUUUGCAACAACGCCCCGAACAAUUUUGGAAAUACUGGACCCGACGAGUCGGGUAAUAACGGUCCAAACCAAUUUGGAUUUAACGGUCCUAACGAUAGCAGGGAUCAAAGUACUGGUAAUUUUGAGACUAAAGAUGAAGGACUUGAUAAAAACAAAGAUUUUAAUUAUGACAGCUUUGAUGACUUUAGAGGUAGGGAUCCAACACAAUUUUCCAAUCAGGAUCCCCCAGAAAAUAAAACAGAUAAAGAUAGCUUUGCUCUAUCAUCUGAAUCUGUUAAAGAAAAUACAGAUUCUGGAAAACAAGGCACGCCAGAGACAAUUAAAUCUGACUUUAUCUCUCUUAAGGCUGAAGCAGAAAGUACUCAACAACUUAGUGAAAGGCCAUCUGACGAAAGUGGUAAAGAUCAAGCCAAGGGUGAUGUUUCCUUAGCAGAAAAAGAGUGUAGUAGUAUUGUCAAAACCCCUGAACCUAUUAAUCCCAUGCUAGAUGAGUCUGCCUGGAUUCCAUGUGAAGAGCCGAUAGCUGAGAGUGAAGUAACAACUGCUGAUGAAAAUAAGAAUGACACGAACGAAGACGAUGAGGAUUCUAGAAUUAAAAAAAAUCCUGAUUCGCUUCUGUUUGUAGGAGUUGAAAACUCUCAAGCGAAAGAUUUAAACUUGGACCCAUCUCCAGAGGCUACAGAACAACAGGAUGAAGCACUAACCACAACUUUAGAAAAACCGGCUACUCCUACUGUAGCUAAUAAGGAGUCAGAAGCUGAUAGUAAAAAUCCGGAUGACCCUGAUCGAGAAGCAUUUACCCGUCCGUUCCACGAGGGACCAUUUAGUGGCCCAAAAAAUCAACCUAUUUUUAAUCGACCUCCAUCAGUACCAUUCAGAUCUGAUUCACCAGAUUUUGGGCAUGAUGUAUUCAAUCAAUCACCAGUUCCAGCAGGAUCUUUAAAGAUUCCAUCUUUAUUAAGUAUGAAAAUUGCUCCUCCAGCAGAGGUACCUACAAACGAUACACCUGAUAAAGAUGAUUCUGUAGAUAACGAAAAAGAUUCUGAACCUGGGUCUUGUGGACCUAACGGUGAAAAAGAUGUAUCUACAAUAGAUGCAGAUAAAAAUCAUGGUCCUGGGUUUGGACCUAACAAGCAAUCAUUUGGUAACGAUAGACCAAUGGACAAGAACUUCAGUACAGUACCAGGAUCCUUCGGACCAAACAGAUCUUCUACUGACAAAGACGGAUCAAAUGAUAAAAACUACGGUCCUGGUUCUGGUAUUAUUACUCAUGGACCACAGGGACCCAUUUUUGGUAAAGACGGACCCAUAGAUACAGAUAAAAAUCAUGGUCCUGGACCAUUCGGGCCUAACAAACCACCAUUUGGCAACGACAAAUCAAUGGAAAGAAACUUCGGUUCUGCACCAGGGGUAUUCGGACCAAAUAGACCUCCUUUUAACAAAGACGGACCAAAUGAUAGAAACGUUGGUCCUGGUCCUCAUCAUUUUGGACCACACGGACCUAUGUUUAGUAAAGAUGGGCCCAUGGAUGCAGUCAAAAAUCAUGGUCCUGGACCAUUCGGGCCUAACAAACCACCAUUUGGCAACGAUAGAUCAAUGGACCGACACUUUAUUCCUGGCUCUGGACCAGGACCUUUCGGACCAAACAGACCUCCCUUUAGCAAAGAUGGACCAAUGGAUAGGAACUUUAAUCAUCGCCCUGGGCCUGCUGCAUUUGGACCUAACAGACCUCCGUUCGGUCCCGAUGGACCCUCAGAUGGACUUCUGGGACCACGACCUUUCGAUGGACCAUUUGGGCCAAACAGGCUGUUUGAAAAAGCAGAAACUAAGCCUUUUGAAAAUGAUGGACUUCUUGGGGCAAGUCCUUAUGAAAGCAAUGGAUUUUUUGGGCCAAGGCCUUUUGAAAAUGAGAGACAAAACAGACCAUUUCAAAAUAUUAACAAGUUGGGUACCUUUGCUGAUUCAUGCAGAAAGCAAGAAGGACUACUUGGGACAGGUCCUUUCUUAAAAGAUGCAGUACCUGGGCCAAGCAAACCUAUGGAUAAAAAUAAACCAUCAGAGAUGCUGGAAGGAAAUCGGCUCUCUACUGAAAAAUGUGAAUCUCUUCUACCGAUGGAUGCAGAGUCUUCUUCUCUGCAAAAUAAAACACAAGUAGACAUCAAACCUUCACCCAUUGGAGACUUCAUAGACGACAUUUUCCAUCCUUUGGAUCCAAAAAGUGAUAAAUUAAAGAGUAUUGAAGGUGAUAAUUUUUCACUUGAUCCAAAGGUUGCAAAUAAAAUGGAUGUAGAUGAAAAAGUCUCAACAACAGUAGAUAUGGGUGAUAAAAAAGAGAGUUUUCUUAAUCUAUCUGGUGGUCCUAUCACUGAUUUUGGACCUAGAGGCCCUCAAUCAAGACCUUUCGAUGGACACAGUGGAUUACUUGACAAACCAAUUAGUCUUCUAGGUAAACCAGGAGAUAAAACAGAUAGACUUAGUUGUCCUAUGGAUAGAGCAAGUCCAUGCAAUAGACCAGGAGGUCCAUUAGACAGACCUAGUGGCUUUUUAGAUAGACCAGGAAUGUUAUCAGAAAAAUCUGGUAGUAUUUUGGGCAAGCCAGGUCUCCUAGACAGGCCUGUCGGUCUUUUAGACCGACCAGUAGGUCCGUUAGAUAGACCAUUAUCAAAGGAGUCCAUGGACAAGCCACCGGGAGCUCCACUAGACAGAUCUGGUAGUCGUUUUGAUAGGUCCGGUAGAUUUCCAAGACGCGGUGAAGAAAUCACAAACGCAGACCCAGAAUUCCACGUAGGCAAGCAAUUCAAUUACAAUCACAAAGCGCCGGUCAAGGUGAUUGAUUAUUCACACGAAUCAAUAAAUGCUGUGUCCGAAUUUGUCAAACCUCUGUGUGUGUACGAAUACCAACACGGGAGUCUGAAGCCGAACGUACCGGACUUUUACAAGGACUUUAAGAACUGGGAAGACAAUGAACAAACUAGAAAAGAGUACAACGAUGAGAUGAUAAAGCGGUGUGAAAGGAUUGGCCAAGUGUGGACGGUGAGUCCAACGCGACAGCUAGAUAAAUCGAAAGAGGACUUGAAGCCCAAAGAGAAGAAAGACCGAGAGAGUGAAAAGGAUCAGGACGAUCGUCGUAAAGAUCGCGACGAGCGCCGUGACAGGGACGAACGUGUGAGCGAAAGGCCGCGCGACAAAGAACGCGAGAGAGAGCGAAGUCGUGAUCGAGAUCGUAACGAUCGUAGCAGAAGCGAUCGUGAUCGAGAUGAACGAUCGUUACGAGAAAAGAGUCGUGAUAAAGACAGAGACGACCGUUACCGUAGUUCCGAGCGUGAUCGUGACAAAAACCGUGACAGGGAUGAACGAUACAAGGAUCGAGAUGACAGGUACAAAGAUCGCGAUGAUCGGCGUGAUAAAGAUAGAGAUGAUAGGUACAAAGAUAGGUAUGACAAAGAUCGUCACAAGGAAAGAGACGACCGGUACAAGGACAAAAGUCAUGAAAAGGAUCGCGAUGACAGGCCCAAAGACAACAAAGAUAAGGUGGACAAAGAUUUGAAAAUUAAAAAUUCUGAUAAGGAUCGCGAUGAAAAUAUUGUAGAUAAAGAUAAAGUGGAUAAUGAAGAUAAGAGUGAAAUUAAAGAUAAAGAUGCAAAUGUAGUUGAUGAAAAUAAAAAGGAUGAUGAGCCCAUGGAUCAUCUAGAAAGCGAAGCUUCUACGGAUGAUAAAUCUUCUUGUCCAGAACAACACGACAAAGGAAAUAAGCCUAGUGAUCCCGAAAAAAGUGACGACAGAUCUAAAGAAGAUAUCAGCCAGCAGGAAACUACCUCUACUGUCUCAACUGACACUGCUACCCCACAAGAUCCCAGCCAAUCAGAAGCCAAGCAUAAUGUAUCCGAUAGUUUACCGAAAAUUCUGGAAAUGCCAAAAUUAUCGAAUCUCACUGUGGUCGAAGAUUUAUUACUUCCCCCCAGUCGGUUAACGAGACCACCAAAGAUUGCCAUUAUUCUUCGAGGUCCACCUGGAAGUGGAAAAUCAUACGUGGCAAAAAUAAUCAAGGAUAAAGAAGUUUCUCAAGGAGGUUCUGCACCAAGAAUACUCAGUAUUGACGAUUACUUCUUAGUUGAAAAAGAUGAUAAAAAAGACAACGCUGAUGACAUGGAGUAUAAAUAUGAAGAAGCUAUGGAGCCAGAAUACGUCAAUCAUUUGAAAAAAGCCUUUAAGAAAAAUAUUACUGAUGGUUAUUUUAACUUCAUCAUACUAGAUAGUGUUAAUGAAAAAAUCACAGACUACGAAGAAAUGUGGAGUUUUGCCAAAACAAAAGGCUUCAAAGUUUACGUUUGUGAAAUGGAAAUGGAUGUACAAAUAUGCCUCAAGCGAAAUAUUCACCAAAGAUCAGAAGAUGAAAUCAACAGGAUAGUUGAUUACUUUGAACCAACACCGAGUCACCACAAUAAAUUGGAAGUUGCAUCAUUGCUUCAAGAACAAGCCAUUGAAGACGUUGAGAUGGUGGAUGCCCAAGAGGUACAACCAAAAGAAGAAGACAAGGAAAAUGAUAAAAACAAGGAAAAGGAUAAAAAUAAGGAAAAGGAUAAAACUAACGAAAAAGAGACAGAUGAAACACCUGCCACCAAUGAUGACAGUCAAGACAGCCAAGAUGACUCAGAAUUCGUGAUUGUCAGCAAAUGGGAAAAAAUGGAAGCAGAAGAUAAAUUAAAUAAGCUGGAUGGUAUCAAGCGAAAAACUGAUCACAAACCUCAAACAAUGGAAGACUUUUUACAAGUUCCUGACUAUUACAACAAAGAUGAUAAUUCUGGAAAAAAGCAUGUAAGAUGGGCUGAUCUAGAGGAGCGCAAGCGUCAAGAUAAAAUGCGAGUAGUGGGUUUCACCGUUGGCCACACACACUGGAACCGCAAGGACCCGAGCCAGGCACUCACACGCACAAAGUACAUAUGACCUACGUAUGAAUCAUGUUACUUUCGGAAAGAUCAUUAAUAGUCGCAAAAGAAUCAGGAAUAUGUGAUAGGCUAUAAUUUCUAAGAGCCCGGUAAAAGAGUGAAAGUGAGCAAUGAAGUAGUUUUUAAAAAUUUUAAAUUUAUCACUUUCUCUCUUGAGCCUGUCCUCAUUUUUUUUCUUAUGAGAUAAUGCUAAUUUAUUUUUGUUUAUAUGAUAAAAUUAGCCAUCUAUCGUCGAUUACGCAAGAAAAAUCAAUUUUAAUGACAGAACUGUAAAUUAUUAACGAAUUUAACACUGAGUUCUUACAUGCUUAGUUUAUAAAGAAAUUGUACUUGUUCAAUUUUACGUAUAAUCGUGAUAGGUGUCAUUUAAGAUAAAAGACAAUUUUUAUAUCACUAUGUAGGUAAAAAUUGCAUUAGUCAAUGAUUUUUUUUACCCUUAUAAGCUUAGAAUAUCUCAGAUAUUGUAUAUUCCUUAAAAAAUAGUGUGUACUUUGUAUUUUACUUACAAAACUCUUUCACUCUAUUUUUUUCUUUUUUGUACAUAAAUUUUUUAACGAUUUCAAUAUAACCAACAAGAAAAGUAUGUUGCAUUGUCGGUGCCGUUAUAUACGCAUAUAUACCCGGACUUUUUCUUAUUUAACUUCCAACAAAGAGCGGGUACAAAAUUUCUCCACACAUAUACGCGAUUUUUGUCUAAACAAUAGAUUAUUGUUAAUAAUUAAUGCUUAAGGAUUAUAGAUCAUAUUUGUAAAAAAUGUUUGCUAAUGCAGAAAUAAAACGUAUGCACCGAUUUCAAUUUGA